GUCAUGAUGUGUAGUCCUUCUAACAUCGCCAAUCCGGUAACGUUACUUCUGCUCGCCUGCAGCAUUACAGGUUCCAUUUGCAACCUUGUCAUCGUGCCCACUGGACCGGGAGUGGUUACCGCUUCCGUGGGUGCCAACGUGACCCUCGGCGUCACCUACAGCGGAGUCACUGAUCCUCUGGUGACGUGGCUGAAGGGUACGCUGAUUCUGGCUACGCAUAACAUAGGCUCUGGCGCAAAUGCUGACAUCGCCUCUGAAUACAGAGGAGUGUUAUCGGUGGAUCAGACUGGAUCUUUGGUCCUCCAAAAUGUUCUGGUCAGCUACAGCGGGACAUACACAGUACAGAUGGCGAAGUCCGGGGCACACGAGGCCUCGCUGAACUUUACACUCUUUGUGUAUGACAAAAUAACGGACGUCUCUGUGGACGCUGGAGCACAAGACGUUGUAGAGGGCGGAGCCACGAUGACUUUGUCUUACAGCUAUCUGCAAGGGCCAGCGAGUACUUUCGAGUGGUACUUCAAAGGUCUGGAGAUCAGAAAUAACUCUCGGUACUCGAUAACGCAGAAGAGUCUGACGGUUAAUCGGCCGAGCCGCAGCGACGCCGGUAACUACAGCGUGGUGCUCAGGAACCCGUUCAGUUCCGUGAACCAGAGCAUUAAGGUUGCGGUGCUGUAUGGUCCGGAUCAGCCGGUGCUGGAGGUCAGCCCUGCGAAAGCAGCCUUCGUGUCCGGAGAGACUUUGACUCUGUCAUGUCGAGCUGCAGGAGAACCGGUUCCCACUGCCCACUGGGUUUAUAAGGGCAGGACUCUCCCGUCCUCCUCCGACGGCGCCCUCCAACUCCCUCACGUUCAGACGAGCCAGAGCGGCGUUUACACAUGCGUACUGAGUAACGGCAGGACCAAGGCGCAGCUCGAGAGGAACGUCACCAUAGACGUCCGGGGUCUUAGCGGGUCGGCCAUUGCUGCUAUAGCCGCCGGAGUCCCGUGCGGGAUCCUUCUUCUGCUCCUCAUCGCAGCCCUCAUCUUCCUCUGCUACUACUGCCACAAAAAGAAAGAUCGGAACCCCGAGUAUCCUGUCGCAAAAGCCGUGGAGAAAGCAGUGAUGAAUCAACCUGAUCUGACCCGACCUCAUCAACUCCUCACCAUCGGUCUGAAACCUCCUCCAGAUUAUAACAUCUACCAUCUCCAGAUGUCGGGAGAGCGAUCAGGCCCGCUGCCAUCAGCGCUGCCCCCUGUAAGACUGGCAACUACGGUGUAGCCCAGCCCCGAUGCCCAGGUUCUAAUCCUCUCAUUAUGUCAGACAUCCGAUGUAUAAAAACCUUAAUAAUGUAAUGUAAUAAUACGUUUUAUAUGAACUUUUAUCUUUAACAUAUCUUUCUGUUAUUUUACUGUCUAUUUUUUAUAAAUAAAAAUAA